CGCCCCCACAGUAAUAAAUGAGCUAGGCAUUCUCACACCGCACUGCUGAUCGUGUAAUUGUUACACUCGGCCUCCUCAGUAGGCAUACCUCAACUCAUUUCCAUCCCUGCUCUUCUAUCAAACAACCAUAAAAUAAUGACGAAAACACAUUUUCAUAUCAGAUGUCUUAAUUCUUUCAUUUGAUCUUUUUUUUAUUUCCUCAUAUCACAGUGAGUUAUCGGAUGUUGCAGGACAUCCCUUGGAGACGCUUAUUUUUCAUUAAUAUUUCUUCGGAUGAUACCACUUUAGUAUAGACAUUUGAUCUCCUGCGAACGACCAGUUGGCUAGGUUAUCAAAGAGCGGCUAAUGAGACGAGCCAUCGAUUACGAAUCAUAUUUCAUUUCUUCUUGACGUCGAUACAUCACCGAUAAUGUGGGAAAAGACCUGACAAUUGUCUCUGCUCAAUCAUAUCAACUGGAGAAGCAAAAAGAAACAUCUAAUUUCAUCUUGAGGAAGCAAAGUUUUACUUAUAAAAUCCGGCCAGGAUGGAGAUGGCAACAGCAAGAAGAAAGUCAAGUUUGGCCUUUUCUAGUGUUUGUGGGAAUGCCCAACCGGCUGAUGAAGAUUCACAAUGGCUCUCAUGGGCCGAAAAACAGUUCAUUCAAAUUGCAGGAGAAGACAGGCAAAUUGAUGAGGAUGAGUUUAAAAUGGCACUUGGCAUCAAAAAGUCGUUCUUCGCAGAGCGUUUCUUUCAUCUAUUUGACCAGGAUGGAAGUGGUUAUAUCUCCUUGGAUGAACUGAUGGAAGGUCUCUAUCUCCUCACCAAGGGAGAUCCCGUCGAUAAACUUCGAUUCCUCUUCAGUGUCUACGAUGUCGAUGGUAAUGGUGCAAUAGACCACGAUGAAUUAAAGGUGGUAUUGCGAGCUUGUUUACAUGAGAGUUCGAUGACGAUCAGUGAAGCAACUAUUGAUGCACUCACCUCGGCUUUAUUCGAAGCAGCCGACACAGAUGGAAGCGGUGCAAUUAGUUUUGAGGAGCUCAAAGAGGAAUUGGAAAAGAACCCGGAUGUCAUGGAAAACUUGACCAUAAGUGCAGCUAGUUGGUUAAAACCACCGGCCCUGAAAUCAUCGAGAAGGGUUCUACCCAGGUAUCUCACUUGGAGAUAUGUACACAACAACUACAGAAAAAUUCUCUUCCUCGUUGUAUUCAUAUUAAUCAACGUUGCUCUCUUCACUGAGGCCGCAUAUCGAUACGCCAAAAAGAAAUCAAAUUGGUGCCUCAUAACAGCUCGUGGUUGUGGUCAGUGCCUGAAUUUUAACUCUGCCUUCGUCCUUGUCCUCAUGUUGCGAAAGACUAUCACUACUUUACGGACGACGAAAGCCGCUGAGAUCCUACCAACAGACCAGAAUAUCAUAUUCCACAAAAUGGUUGGAAUCUUCAUCGCAUUGCUUUCUGGGAUACAUACCCUGGGACACAUAGGCAAUGCAUGGUUUGUGGAGAAGGUAAGUGAGGGUAACAUCACGAUGUCUGCUUUACUCUUCUCAAACCCUCACUUGACGAACCUCGGGCUUGCUCCCGUAGCCGGAAGUGCCUUUCUCACUGGGUGGGUGUUGGACGUCGUCCUCGCCAUCAUGGUCAUAUGCUCAAUGCCCUUUGUCAGACGAUCAGGACAUUUUCAAGUGUUUUACUUCACGCACAUGUUAUACGUGGUGUUCUGGGGUCUUCUUCUCAUACACGGACCAAGGUUCUGGUACUGGUUUGUAGUACCGGGUAUCAUCUUCAUCGUGGAAAAACUCAGUCAGACUAAAUGCGUCAAGCAAGCCCGUUAUGGAAAGACUUACGUACAGGAGGUUAACCUUCUCCCUUCAGGGGUAACGCAUCUUGCAUUGACGAGACCGAAUCGAUUCCAUUAUAAAGCUGGUGAUUAUAUAUUCAUCAAUAUUCCUCAGAUUGCUCAAUAUGAGUGGCAUCCAUUCACCAUCAGCAGUGCACCAGAACAACAAGGCACAAUAUCAAUGCAUAUUCGAUCAGCGGGUAACUGGACAAACCGACUCUAUGCAUUCUUCGAGGACCGGCAGAAGAGGAACCGGGAUGAGACCGAGCUCCUCCUGGGCAGCGCCUCAGACAUCCGCGUUGCCAUGGAAACGGAGGAAGUUGAGGAGACAAACCACGCUGGCGAGUUCAUUCGUCUAAGGGAGAUGGAAUGCGAUGCAGCCGAAGCUGAUGUUAAACCUGCCCUCAACCAUCGUGGAGCUAACGGGAACCUUCCUCAUGGCCUGCCGCGGGGCUACUCUGUCGAGAGAGAAGAAAGCGAGGAUAAUCAACACCAGCACAGGACUAUUGCGUGUCAGACCACAUUUGAAAUGAAAGGUGCCAAGUCCUGGAGAAGUUCACUUCGAGAGGAAAAGAUACAGGUAUUCAUCGAUGGGCCGUAUGGUACUGCUACGAGAGGUAUCUUCCAAGCAGAACAUGCGGUGCUUGUCGGAGCUGGUAUCGGCGUAACACCGUUUGCAUCUAUUCUUCAGUCUAUAAUGCACCGUUAUCGUGUAGGCAGACAGACAUGUCCGAUGUGUCAACACACGUGGUUAGGAAACAUACCAACUGACAUGAUGAGACUCAAGAAAGUGGAUUUCAUCUGGAUCAAUCGAAAUCAGAACGCAUUCGAGUGGUUUGUCAGCCUUCUCACACAACUUGAAAUGGAACAGGCACAGGAACCGUUCGAUCGGUUCCUGGAACUACACAUGUACAUGACGUCAGCGAUGGCCAAAAAUGACAUGAAGGGAAUUGGUCUACAGAUGGCAUUAGAUAUCAUGCACAAGAAAGGACAUCGAGAUCUUAUCACUGGACUUAAGACCAGGACACAGCCAGGAAGACCAGACUGGAACAAGAUUUUCACACAGAUUGCUCGAGAGAAGAAAGGAAAAGUCCAGGUAUUCUUUUGCGGUUCUCCAACUUUAGCAAAGGUCAUCAAGAAGAGCUGCGAGAAAUUUAACUUUAGUUUCCACAAAGAAAAUUUCUAAAUCGACUUUUGAACUCAUGGAACAAAGAUAAAGGACUAAAUGAUGAUUGAUGACGAUGAUUCGUUCUGCUAUGAACGGAGAUGGAAAGACAAAAUGAUUUGAUUAUUUUUUUUAAAGGAGCAUUUAUUGACACGGACAAAACAUGUUUAAGGACUUGGCUUUUAUUUAUUCUGUCAGAUGUUGCUCCUAACGAGAACAUUAACGAAAUUAUUAUCGGUGAUUUCUUAAUCAAUAAUGCAUGAAAAUGGGAACGUGUAUUGUUGAGAAUAAUAUUGUUUACAGUGAGAGUCAGAAAGAGUGAGAGGAAGGCGAAUGCGUAUGUGUUCAUAAUGGUGUGAGGGUGUGUGUGUAUGCGGGGGUGCAAGGAUGUGUGUGUGUGUGUGUGUGUACGCUUGUUUGUGCGUGUGAAAGAGGAGAAAGAGGCAUAGAAUCAAGGGAAGAAGGCAAGACGAUUGGGAGAAUAUUACAAAUUCUCUUGAAAAUGUUCGAAAAUUUGAAAAUAGUUAUUUUGGUCAUACACUGUAUGCAAAUCAGUAUAAGUGAGAGAUACUUCUAUUUUGAUUGGUGUUCUUGCAAGCAAGAAUCGAAAAUCUUAUAUGCCUGUAUAUUACAGUUACAUGCAGAGCAUGAUCAGAUUGAAUUGCCAGAGGAUUUGUACAUUACUUUCUUGAACGAUUACUCUUUUUUUGCUUUGAUGAUCCUAUCUUCCUAAAUUAUAUCGUGUGGUUGUUAUCGUGCUUCGUUUAUUAUCAUUAUCAUUACUCUGAUGUCUAACGCCGAAUGCACCAAAAAUGGUUGUGAAUACGUCAGUCAUUUUCAUUUUAAUCAAUUGGGUGGAUUUUAGACUAGCUUUAUAAUAAUCUCGCAAGGAUACAGUAAACACGAGUUAACAUCGUCCGUUGUUAUGAGAGAAGAUACAGGUACCGUCUCUCAUAAAUGAUACGCUUCUGUAGUUUACGCUUCUGUGGUUUCUCUAUAAUACUGCAUAGUAGAAAUUGCAUGCACUUUGUUAAGAAAGAGAACAAAUGUAAUGAGAAUUAAAUAAUGCUUCCAGUUUAGUACAUUUUGCCAUUCUUGAAUAAAAGUUGUUCAAAUUAAGCGAAUAAUUACACUCUAAUGGCAACAUGGUUAAAAUGGAAUCCAUAUUUUAAAGUUCUUCGAUAGUUUUCAAUUUCACGAUAUAAUUGUAAUUUAUUUUUACAUGCGUCAUUGUAGGGUACAUACUAAUAAUUGUUAACGAGAAGACAGAAUGCGGCGAAUCAGAAGAUUUCUGAAUACUCGUAGUUGCGUGGGAUAGUGAGCGAAACUGACAUUUUUAAAAUAUAACUCUCAACAUUAUAUAGCGAAAUGAAUUUAAUAAUUUACGCUGUACCCUUUCUUUUAUCGUUUUUUUUUUAUUCUCUCGGUUGUGGAAGCUUGGGAGGGGGAUAACUUCCAUAAAGCACCUAUUUGUACGUCCAUGAUUGCCACUAUUUCUGAAAAGAAUCACCAUGAUUAUGCCUGUCUUUGAAUCCAUUACCUUCUAAACUUGGACUGUUGUCGAAAAGUUUCUGGAAACUGUUUUAAAUUAUCAGAAUUCACCCUUCUUUAUUUUGGUUCAUAAAUACGUGGAUUCGUACUUGUGAAAAUUUAUCUUUAAAAAUCCUGAGACAAGAUUUUACGUAGGCCUAUAAUAGAAAGACAUAUAAAAAUAGUAAUAACAAAGAAAAAAUGAUAUAAAUGAUAAUGAUAAUUUAAAAAAUAAUAAUAACAAUGUCAUACUUAACCCAAGGUAGCCACUUCAGACCUCGCAGAGGUUCCUGCUUAACAUGAUAAUGUUAUUAUUACCGGUGUUUUGCACCGCUACUUUGAUCGGGCGCUCAAGCAUUCGUUGAAUUUCUUCCUAUACCGGGUAAUGGGUACAUUAAAUUUUCUAUUUUAAAAGGAAGGAGUAUUCGAAGAAUAAACAUACAUUUCUUUCAGGAAUAAAUUUCAAAUGAAACUUAAUGAAUUAGCGGUACGAAGUCAAAUAGGUCACACUGGAUAUUUCAUUUUUAUUUGAUCAACACAAAAGAUUUUCCUUCUAUUAUGUGAUAGGAGCAUACAAUAUUCAAAGGGUUCUACCUUUGCACCUUUUUUUUUUUUACAAAAUUCGAAAUCCGAGGGGGUUCCUCCUGUCCUAUCCGAGAUCACCACCAAUGGCUUGUACUACAUUUCCCAUUAUUUUGGGAAAUUUAUUUCCUGUGUUUGUGUUAUGAUUAACUUGCAAUAUCACUAAAAGCAGAUGAUUAUGCGUCAGUUUUCUUCAGUCGAAAGGGAAAAGCUUUAUAAAUCAUUUUUAGAGUUAAAGUGGAUUGAAAACUUUGAUGAAAAAGACGAAGCCUUCAUACUUUUUUAUAACCUUGUAGAUACUUAUCAUGCUGAUUAACUGGGAGACCAAAUGUAAUAUAAUCAAGUUCGAGUAUUUUGAAGAGUGAUAUUCAACAGCAAUUAUGAUAUAGAAUACGAAUAUUUUGCAGAUAAAUGGUGUGCUACUUAAUCAGUGUGCUUACUUAAUCAUUUAGGUUUGCGUUCUGUUCUCAUGUUUUAAAAAGGUCAACAUUUUACGAAGUGAAGCAUAUUCCACUAUCCAGUCAACAUGUUACUCGAAAGAAAUAUUUUGUAUAAUCAUAUAAUCAUGUCCAUUCAUUUUCGUUGGCGUGAAUAUUCUAUCUUUUAAUCUCCUUCACGUGAUCGCAAUAUCCUUUGAAUUUAUUUAUUAUUUAUUUAUUUAUUGAUAUAUUCAUAUUCCACAAUCAUCAAAGUAAUUGAUUCAAAUGAAAUUCAAGAGUUAUAUUGCAAUAGCAUGAAUGAUUAUAAUAAAUUGCUCUACAUUAUUUUUAUUAAUGUUGAAUUUAAAUUUUACUCGUAUCCUCAGUUCAUGCAAUCUGGAUUAUUUGAGAUAUGCAUUUAGGUCGGUCAUGAUAAAAUCAAUGUAGAACCAACCGACUAAAUAAUUUUCUGGCCAUUUUUCAAAUUUGACUGACAAAUCUUAUUUCUAACAUUAGUCUAAUUGGACUACUUUAUUUUAUUUUAUAGUUUUUAUCUGUGGGCGAAUCCUUAUCCGUAGGCAAUUAUUUUUUCACCACAUUUGACCAUUUCACGAGAAACGAAAUCGUGCAAGAUCAUGAAGCGAUUGAGAAUAUAAUUUAAGAAUACCAUUACCCACAAUUGAAGGGAAAUGUGACUCAAUGAAUACUAUUAUCAAUAAUUACAGUAUGGAUGAAUCAUGGGUAUCUUAAAAAAAACUAUUUAUGAAAUUUGGACACGAUGUCAUUUUUAUGCAUAAAGCUAUCUCUGUGCGCAACUUUACUCUAAAACAAUUUAUAGCAACUUUACUCUAAAACAAUUUAUAGAGUAUCAGAUUUCUUAAAUUGCUUGCACUGUGACAAAGGUAAUCCUGAUACAAAACAUAUCUGAACACAAUUCUAGUGAUAUUUCUAUAUAGAUUGUACCAAUAAGUGCAUGGUAGUUGGCCUGUAUAUAUAGUUUUGUUACAUGUUAUAAAUUUUCAUCAGGCAGUGUGAUUUUUGUGGUUUCAACUAUAAAAGAUUCUUCAAAAUGGUAAAAAAAAAUGUAUCGAUAUUUUAUGAAAUCCUAAUCAUUUGACAAUGUUAAUCAGUCGGCAUAUCAUUUACGAGUACAACAUUUUAUGUUUGAAAGUGUGGUUUUUAUAGUAAAAUUUAGUUCAUCUUAACGAACAAAGUGUAUUUUCAAUCGAAAAAGAUUGUGCAUGUUCACGUCACUUGGGUCUUAACAGUGUGUUAAUGUUUCAGCGUGAUGAACAAUGCUUAUGAUUAUGAUGAUUAUGAAAUAAAAAUAUUUGUUUGUCAUCAUUCAUCUGUAAAUAGAAUAAACUAAAAAUUAUAAUAUCACUCCCCAACGAAAAACAAAGUAUAUCAAGAUAUUUUGCCAAUCUCAACAUAUCUUAUGCCGAAGUGCCAAAAACAGAGGAAAUUUAUCAUAUCUAUAAUAUCUUUACUUCCCUCCCUCAAUGUUGUUAGCGUAUACCAACCGUUAUAUUAUUUUAAAGAAAAAGAGGAAAUGUAAGUAGACCUUCAGAAUAUUCAUCACCAAUCAGUAACACGAAGGUUUAUUAUACCCCCAUGUGUGUAAAAUAUAUAUAUACGAGUCAAGUACUAUCCCCCUUAACGUGGGAUAAAAUAUCACUUAUAUCACUCAAGAGAACUAUGCAGAUUUACUUCUUAGUAUUCUAAUGAUGCUUUAUCCUAGUAAAGAUCUUCAUUCUCUUCUACUUGCAGUUAUACUUUAUUUUGUACUCCGUAACUUUACACGAAUACUUUAGUAUGACUAUUUGUAUUAGUUUAGAGUUAGCGGUAAACACAUAAAAGAAGAGCAUGAACAGCUAGAAAUACAAUAAGCAAAAUUCUACUUUUGCUGCUGCCACUACUGCUAGUACUGCCGGUACCAGUGGCGUAAAUCCAUGACGUUGUACUAUUCUAGUGGGUAUGAAAUAAUAGUUCACCCCCCUGAACAAUAGAUUCAUCUCUUGGAUUUACGCCAGUGACUAGAAAGUAUAUACAUUAUUGCUUUGCAGCUAACUACGUCUACUACUGUUGCUGCCUAAGCAACUACCUCUACCUCUAUACUUCCACUUAAACAUAAUUAUUUCCCUUUUUAACACGGCUCCAACAACUAUACCACUGUUACGACUUCUACUAUAUAACUACUUCUACCAUUGCUGCUACUUCUACUGUUCAUGCUACUACUUUUUCUACUACUAUGGCACUACUAUACUACUG